AUGUGCAAAUCAAAAAUCCUUCAGAUCUUGGUGACGAAUAUGUCAAUUGAAAAGGAUUUGCGACUCUAUCUCGAGGUAAUUUUUACCUUCUCGCAGAUAGUGGAUAUGGAAUUAUUCCACGGUUUUUGUCUCCAUUUAAAAACCCUCAAAACUGAAAAAAGGAACUAUUCAAUGUUUCCCAUUCCAAAGAAAAAAGUAUUUCGGCAGCUAAAACUGAGAUUUCCCAUUUUAAAUCAUAAGUAUCUUUGGCAAAACUUCCAAAAAUUAUUGUUUGUUGUGCUGUUCUACAUAACAUUUGCGGAUGACUUUGGUAUCGAAGAAAAUGAAAUUAACCGCCCCGAGGACUUACAUGAUGUGCCCUAUGAUGUAGAGGAAGUAUAUAACGUUCGGCAAAAAGGUGCGAAAAACGUCAAGCAAUAG